AUGGCAGCCCAGCUUUCCUCGCGCAUCGCUGGGGGGCCGAUGCGGCAACACAAGGCACAGCAACGAACACAAGCCACGCAUGCUCUGGAGAUGUAUGAGCUGGUUCGCCACGGGACUGCCACAGAGAAUGAUGUGAGGAACAAGGCACAUGCAGAUGGCCUUGGGCGCAUCUCUCGGUCCCAAAUUAAGAUACUUUGCCCCAACAGACCCACUCAUGUGAAGAUGGGGCAUGUAACUGCCCUGUAUGGUGUUACCCGCUGCGAUAUCGUGGCUGCCCGUGGUCGACGCCGGAGAGGAGACGUCAUGCAUGAUGGUCGACAGCUCUGCACACAGGCAGAACGUGGGAUUCUUGCCAGUUGGAUGUCGACCAUGAGCGACUUGCACAGUCAUCGAACCAGGCGUCAGGCAACGCUGGCCGUUUGUGAGAUUCUUCAAGUCCGCGAGCGCGCGUUGCAAGACCAAACACGCCUCCAACCGGCUAUUGCAGGUAGCAUCGCACCUUUGUCGGCACCAGAACGGAAACUUUUGCAACAAAAGGAGGCGUACGAUGCAUCGCCAGCCGAGGCUCCCCAUCCGACAAUUAGCAAGCAGUGGUUCCGAGCCCUUGAGAAGGAUUUCGAUUUGCAACUUAUCAGCGCUCAGGCUCAGACCGAGGCCAAAGCCUUGGCUUUGACACCAGAAACCUGUGAGGCAUAUUUUACGUGUCUAGAGGAUGUGCUCUCUCGAUUGGAUUUUGUGCAUCAGACUGGGCGGGACGUUGGUUGCAUCAAGUCAUCAGGCUUAUCGCGCAUUUGGAGUGUGGGCGAGAUACCCAGCCUACGCACUGGACUUGGCAUGACGCAGGUGCACGCCUCGAUGGCUCAUCGCGAGGGUGUUGAUGUCUUCCGUGGCCAUACACACAAUGAGUCAGUCACAGCCGUCUUGGGAAUAUGCAUGGAUGGCGACAUGGCACCGCCCAUGAUGAUACAUGCACAGCCUACCUUGGGCCCACAAGUCAUUGCUCCCACCAACGGCCCGACUGCAGCUGCAUCCGACGCGUCGUUUGCCCACUUUUUGAAUUGCAGCACCCAUUCGGGCAACGUCAACCGGCGCAUUUUCGUCGCUUUCUGUCGGCGGCUCAGGGCAUACGUCGGCGAUUGCGAGCCCUUGCUUCUUCUCUCACACGGCCACCCCACUUGCAUUGAUGUGGAUGUCGUUGCAUAUCUUCGCACCAUCAACAUUUUUCUCUUUGUACUACCACCCAACACCAGUCAUGGCCUUGCGCCAUUGGACCAAUGGCAUUGUUAUAUCCAUCAGAAGUGGCGGGACCUGUGUUUGCAUUCAACCGGUGUCGUGUCUGGUCAUGCCCCAACGCUGGAUGAAGAAAUACAGGCGCUCUACCGUGCCAUCAAUGCAGAACGAGAGUGUCCAAGCCGGAUUCAAUCAGCGUUUUGCCAUGCUGGUAUUACCAAAGCCUCUCGAGGCACGGAGCACAUGUCAAGUCGACCCAGAUUGUCGCGCGCGCACUCGGCUAGUCCACGACGUUCCGUUACCGCAGAGAGGUCGCGAGCGCCUUUGCAAACAGGUCAAGCAAGUCAAGAGAUCGAUGAGGCCAUGCCUCGAACGCCAACGCCUCCAAGUUCGGCUGGAUCUGACUCGACUCCCUUCAGCUCCAGUAUGUCAACUCCGCGAAAGAUUGUGAAAGCACACAGCUUGAACAAAACGUGUGAGCGACUCAAAGCUGUUGCGAGUCGGCUCCAACAAGCACUGGAUAGUCGUCGCGUGGCAUUAACCGACUUGCAGGUUGAUCUUAGCCCUAGUCUUCAACGCGCAACUGCACCUGGCCCUGCACGUCGGGCGGCUGCGUCAUCAGCAGUCAUGGCCAGAAUGCCUCCCUCGGAAGCGGGAGUGUCGCAAGCAAUCGAGGAUACCCCGAUGGCACCGCCAAGUACAUCAACCGCAACCCAUCUACCGGCUAGAUUGGAAGAGUGCGCAUCGAACGAUUAUCAUCUUGUUCACAACGCCCCGGCCGAUUUUGCCUUCUGGCUCAGGCCUGUACCUGCAAACACCUUCCACGCAUCUAGGGACGAGCAGGAUCAAAACCCGACAGCAAUGGAGAUGAUUCAGCUGGACACAGCUGAGAUGCAACAAAUCAUUGAGCACCUUGAUGAUGGCUGCCGCCAACACCGAGAUCAUAUGACUGCAUUGAAGCGCUCCCACACUUGA